UGCGAGAGCGGAGGGGGACUACCCACGAGGAGAAGAGGGAUUUAAGAUAAGGAGAGGGAUAAGGCUGCCAGCACGCCCAGCCUCGGCCUCAGAUAACUUCUGCCCGGGGGAGAGCCUGCUUUCAGCAUGCGGCAGCCUGCGGCUGAGACCUUGCGGGACAGACAGACGGACAGGCGCAGGCAGAGGGAGAGGAGCGGGCGCCCCUAGCCGGGGCCGCUCCCCGCCGCAGGACCGCAGCGGGGCUGCGGCGCGGCCGGAGCGGGGCCCCGAGGCACUCCCGGGAGUGGGGCCUCGGCGCCGGUCCCGGGGCGCUGCCUCUCGCCCGGGGCCGCCGCAGCGGCCCCCGGCAGCGAAACAGCCGGGGCCAAUAGGUGGACAGGUGGAGGUGUCCGCUUCCUGCUCGCACUGUCGACGCCUGCAUCCCAGCCCACCUCCUCCAGCGGGAGGGAAACAAAGGCAGCACGGCGAGGCAGGGAGAGUUGUCUGUAAGUUUAGUGUCUCUCUCUCCGUACUUGUAGAGAGAAAUUCCCGUUUGGAGGUGCGCGUAGUUAAUCAACGCCACGGCUGCCUCACUGCCCGCAGAUCAUUAGGUUACACGGAGGACGCCCGUGUCCUUCCAGAAUCAAUGCAAUUAUUGUUCGCGACAAGGACAGCAACUGGGGUGGCAGCACUAAUUUUCCUGAUCUGCUAUUAAUUAUGGUGUCCCCCACGCCCCAGACGGCUUUUAUAACCCGAGGAAGCAAGCAGCGCCGGCUGCUUCUGUUUUAAAAGGAAAAAAAGUUGGAACUUGAGUGUCUGCUCGUGUUGGAAAGUGUUAAUCAGUAGGAAAGAGUGUGAUCAGUGGAGCUAUUCACUUGGACGUCACUCGAGUACAGGGGGUUAGUGAAGUGAUUGUGGCGCCUGGGGACCGAAGGCACUAUACCACUCCAGUCAGGUAUUAUACACUGAGAAAUGUCUACAUUAGCUCUCCAUAGCUCCCUGCCAAGUGAGCCGGCGCGGACAAGAGGAGAGAACCCUUGCCAUGGAAAAGCUCUCGCUACAAGGUUUUAGUCCAAGUCCGGCGUGAUCGCAGCAUCUAGGGACCUGUGGUUACCAAUCAAUUGGUACAAUAGAGCAGAGCAAGGCUGCGUGCAGAUCAGACGUCUCGCCUUGUUUCUAGAUAACUGGGAGCCUCUGUACCAUGUCAUAUCCUCAGUUUGGCUACCCUUACUCCUCUGCACCCCAGUUCCUGAUGACCACCAACUCCCUGACGACGUGCUGCGAGUCGGGCGGGCGGCCGCUGGCCGACUCCGGGUCCGCCGCCCCGGCACAGACCCCCGUCUAUUGCCCGGUGUACGAAAGUCGGCUGCUGGCCACCGCCCGCCACGAGCUCAACUCGGCCGCGGCGCUGGGCGUCUACGGGAGCCCCUACACCGGCACCCAGGGCUACGGCAACUACGUCACCUACGGCACGGAAGCCUCUGCCUUCUACUCUUUGAACAGCUUCGAGGCCAAGGAGGGGAGCGGGUCUGCGCAUGCGGGCAUCGCCCCGGCCGCUGCCUACUACCCUUACGAUCACACCCUCAGCCAGUACCAGUAUGACAGGUACGGCACGAUGGACGGCGGGACGCGGCGGAAAAAUGCCACCCGGGAGACCACCAGCACCCUCAAGGCCUGGCUGCAGGAGCACCGCAAGAACCCCUACCCUACCAAGGGCGAGAAGAUCAUGCUGGCCAUCAUCACCAAGAUGACCCUCACCCAGGUCUCCACCUGGUUCGCCAACGCCCGCCGGCGCCUCAAGAAGGAGAACAAGAUGACCUGGCCGCCGCGGAACAAGUGCUCGGACGAGAAGCGGCCCUACGAGGAGGAGGACGAGGAGGAGGAGGAGGGCUCACAGGAGGACGCGCUGAAGAGCGAGAAGGCCGAGGAGCCCACGGGCAAGGAGGAGAAGGAGCUGGAGCUCAGCGACCUGGAGGAGCUGGAGGCGCUGGAGUCGGAGAGCUCCGAGUGCGAGCUGAAGGCGCCCUUCGCCCCGCAGCCCCCGGGCGGCGGCGGCCAGCAGCUGCGGGCCGCCCCCGCCGGCGGCCCCGCGCCCCGCCGAGAGCCCCCCGUGAAGGCGCCGCUGCCGCCCGCCGCCCUGGAGCCGGACAGCGAGCGGGCCAAGAGCUGCCUCAAGGCGGCUGAGGGCUGCGAGCCGGAGCUGCUGGGCGCCCGGUCGCGCGCCUGCGAGGCCAAGAUGUGCUUCCAGCCGGGGCAGCAGCUGCUGGAGGCCAAGCCGCGGAUCUGGUCCCUGGCGCACACGGCCACCUCCCUCAACCAGGCCGAGUACCCCUCUUGCAUGCUCAAGCGCCAGGGGGCGGCCACCGGCGUCGCCGUCUCCGCCCCGCUCGGUGUCAUCGACCGGCACCAGGACUCGCCGGUCACCAGCCUCAGGAACUGGGUGGACGGGGUGUUUCACGACCCCCUCUUCAGGCAUAGUACUUUGAACCAAGCCUUGGGCAACACCACCGUUUCCUGGGCCACCACCAAAGGGGCCAUCCUGGAGACGGGAGCCUUGGGACGCUCGGUGGGCAACGGCGCCAACGUGCUCAAGGGGCAGCUCUCAAACUUAGCCCACCAGGACUCAAACAAAGAAUUUAUUGCAUUUCCCAAAUCAGGAAGCAAAAUGUUCUGUUCCUAACAGCCCACUGAGAGCGAAAGGACUAUCUAACACUUGAAGAGUCAGCUACACUGAAAAGAGAGUGGCAAGAGUUUAAAUUUAAAUUUAAAUGUAAAACUUUUUUUUUUAAGCAACCGAAACAAGGAUUUAAAGUUCAGUUUGCUCGGUUCAACGGACAGACUUUACUCCUUGCUGUUCUGAAGAAUUUCUCCUGGCUGCGACUUUAAGGGAUCAAUGUCGUGAGAGUUAUUUAAUUCCAUGUCCAAAAGCACGUACUAUAGUGUAGACCUACUUAAAAAGUUUACAUCCGAAAGUUUACAAACGAGAAAUUUUAAUUCAGAUUUAAUUUAAGGCAUGCCAACAUUAGUUAUAAAGACUUCUCGAGAGUUUUUCCUUCUAAUUUCCUUGUUAGUAUAUAAUUCACAAACAGCACUUCUACUAAGUUUACACCUACUGCACAAAUUUAUCUUGACAAAGAUAUGUUAAAAGGUAUGUUCACUCCAAUAAAUUGUCUGUUUCAGAGGUAA